GGAGCGCGUUUGCUGCUGCUGCUGCUGCUGCUGCAAUGGCUGGGAAAUCGGUGUCUAGUCUGGCGGGGAUAAUGGCGAAACCGCUUGGGACGGCGGAACCUGUGGAUCUGGGCUCGUUGGUGGGACGUGUCUUGCUGGUUUCCAACGUGGCUUCGCUUUGAGGCACGACGAGCCGGGACUUCACCCAGUUCCAUGAGCUCCAGCGGCGCUUCGGGCCUCAGGGGUUCACCGUGCUCGCCUUCCCAAGCAACCAGUUCGGCCACCAGGAGAAUGCCACCAAUGAUGAGAUCCUGAAUUCACUUAAGCAUGUCCGCCCAGGCAAUGGGUACGAGCCCAACUUCCCUGUGUUUGAAAAAUGUGAGGUCAAUGGGGCAAAUGCUCACCCACUCUUCCAAUUCCUAAAAGAGUCGUUGCCUUACCCAGACGACGACCAUGUGUCUCUGAUGACCAACCCGCAGUUCAUCAUCUGGUCUCCUGUGUGCCGCUACGACAUUGCAUGGAACUUUGAAAAGUUCCUCAUCGGUCGUGAUGGAGUGCCUUUCAAGCGUUACAGCAGGCGAUUCGAAACUAUCAAGAUCCAGGAUGAUAUUGAGAAGCUGCUUAAGCAAGUCCCCUAGAAUCAACCAGAUUAAGUCAUGCUGAAACUUCUCUCUACUUCUCGUCUUGAGUUAGGCUUCUUUGAUAUAUGAUGCUACCCUAGGUUAAGUGGAACACUUUCUGUGCUAGAGGAAAGUUGCUUAUGUAAUACUGCAAGAAAGCAUCCCUGGAGUCUGCCUAGAUGCUGUGAUGUAAACUAAACCUGUACCACUUUCCAUUGUAUGCCUGCUAAAACUAUUACACCUAAAGCACAUAGUCAUCAAUCUUAAUUUCAUGUGCACUACAUAAAUAUAUGCCAAUAAAUUGUUGCCAUUUAUUGUUCCUGGCAUAUGUUUAUAUGGUGUACAUGAGAUAUGUGCAUACUUCAUACAUUCCAGUUUAGUGGAUAUUCAAUGUGGAUCUAUAACAUGCUUGGUAAAAAUCAUAUCAUGUGAAGCCCCAGACUUCGUGUCCUUUGUCUUCAGUGCCUCUUUUUCUAUGGUUCAUCUGUUUACUCUGACAGUAAAUUUCUAUUCUCCUUCAAAAUUUUAUUAAUGAUGGUGUUUCUUCUAAACCUUUGAAGAGCAUUUGAUGUACCUAUAAAAUUUUGUAUGAAGUUGUAGUAAAUUACACCAGGGGAAACAGUUUGCAAUCCAUUUUGAUGUUAAAAACUACUAUAGAUGAAUAAAAUAAUUGAAAUAACAA